AAAAAAAAAAAAAAAAAAUUAAGCUAGUCCAAAAUUUGUUCAUCAUUUCAUCCGAUGCUAGUCAAGUAUUUCGUAGUACAUUUCAGUCGAAAUAUGGUUCUACGGCAAUAAACAUUUGCGAGAGUUUUUCCAAAUUCAAGCACUCCAUGCUUUCUCAUUCAAUAAAAUUUGUGUCAAUAUAUUUAUAUAUGUAUUCGUUGUAAAUGCUGCACCACGCGAGGCUCGUAGCAGUUGCUGUCAAAACUAAAAAAAAAAAAAAAAGGACUGCUUCAAUGUUGAAUGUUGCUCGAGUUUGCACAGUUCCAUAAAAUUUUUGGUUUCUAAAAGCACAGAACGAAAUUCGUGAUUUUCAAAAGCCAAGUUCCAAAAAAAAUAAAAAAGAAAACGAAAAUUCCGAAACAAAGACCACCUCAAAACAUCGCAAACAUUGUAAAGAGAAGAGCACCAUGUGCAGUCUAGACGAUUUCUUUGCUAAGAAGGACCGCAAAAAGUCCACAACAAAAACAAAUCUCUUGGCCGCCGACGAGCUCUAUCGCACACUGGAGGAGACCGCCAAGGCGCCCCAGGAGGUGGACAGCGCCGAGAAGCUGCAAGUGGAGGGGACCAACAAUCAGCAUCAGCUUGAAUUCGGCAUACGCUUCUCCGACGAGACCAUCGAUGAGGAGGAUGAGUGGUGUGACUUCACCGAGGAGCACGAUCAGCCAUUUCCCAAUCUCAAACGCAACUCCAAGCUGAUAUUGAGCGCAACGGCUGCGGCCGCCAACGAGGAUGCGAAUCUGACUGACGAGAACUGUCCCUACCAGGAUACGGGUGGCGAUGGCCUGGGCGUCGGCUCGGCCCAAGACGAGCUGGGCAAGCCAGCCUGUCCCUGGCUGAAGCUGGAGCCCACCGAGCUCACCAACAUCUCAAGUCCAGCCAAGGAGGACGCUCUGGAGCCUGAGCCGGCACUCAAUGCCUCGCAGUCGCAGUUGCCGCUGCUGCCUCGAUCCCAAUUGAAGGCACAGUCACAGUCUCAAGUACAAAACCAAUCGCCGUUGCAGUCCCAGUCCCAGAGUCAGUCCCAGUUGCAGUCGCCGUCUGAGUCGCAGUCCCAAUCACAGACAACACUCAAGACUCAGCCAAAUAAUGUGGUCAAGAAGCAGGUCUAUGUGCCGCCGGCUCUGCGCCAGAGCCAAAGCGAGUUUAGUGUUCGUCCACGCAAGCAGGCGAAUUCUGUGUCCAUGAAGCUGGCCAAGGGCCAGGCGCCCGACAUAAACAAUGUCGAUUUCUUUCCAUCACUCUGUCAAUCACGCAGCUCAAAGCGUGCCAAGUAGUUUUCGCAUUCAUCAUUUUUUUUCUAACGUUUUUUUUCUAGUUAACAAAUUUAAAUUUGCAACGAUUAAAGCUUGAGUCCCGAUUAAAAAAAAAAAAAAAAAGAUUAAGACAAUCUAGCUUUCUUCACUUCCACUCCCACUCUCACUCACUCUCUCGCCCUCUGUCUAUCUCUGCCUUGAUCGAAUCCCUGGCGUGUCAUUAGCUGUAAACAAGCCAAAUAUUUACAGCCAAAUCGUUUGAGCGCUAAAUGCACCCCGCGGACUGUUUUACGCAACACGCGCCAAACUUUGCCAACAAAAUAUGUUCAUUUCGGGCAUUUAUCAUAUCAUUAGAUUAUCUUUUACGGCCUCAUAUGACCAUGAAUAAAUAAGGCAUAAUCAAUUUAUGUGCCGCAGAUUAAAGUAUUCGAAUGCUUAAGUCGCUUGGCCGAAAUGUUAUUAAUUGUAAAGCCAUUUGGUAUAGACAAUGGAAAAUAUAAUUCAUGUAAAUUUAAAUAAUGUAAAUUUAAAAUAAAAAUAUUUAUAAAAAUA